CCUCAACCCUAGCAGAUAUGGACAGAUUUGCGCCCAGCACCAGCGAUCGCUCACGCAGCGGCACACCUGCCGCCUCGCGUUUCACCGCCCAGGCCGCAACGGCAGAAGACCUGCUCAAGUCGCAAACGGUGGGCCUGGUCCAUCUCGAUGACUUUCGUAAGCGACGCGCCGAAGCCCUGGAGCGCAAAGAGCGCGGUGAAUCAAACACAACCUCAGGUGCCAGCACGCCGCAAGACGGGGCAUCGACGCUGAAACCCUCCGUCAAGAAGAAGCGAAAGAUAGCUGGGAAAGGCAAGCUCUCGUUCGGCGUCGACGAAGAUGAAGACGCCGACUCCAGUGCAUCUGCGGCCCCCACACCCCGCGACAGCACACCAGCAGAUUCUUCGGCGGUAAAUUCCGAAAGCGAGGGCAAGGUCUUCAAAAAGAAGAAGCUUGGGGCGAACCUGGGGAUCGGCCUGAAACCUAGAGUGAUGACAAAGUCUGCGCUGCAGCGCGAGGCGCAGCAGGCCGACCUGGCACGACAAGACUUCCUCGCUAUGCGUGAAGCAGUCAAGGCCACGGAGGUGGUGAUCCCAUUCGUCUUCUACGACGGGACCAACAUACCAGGCGGCCGCUGCAGGGUGAAGAAGGGCGACCACAUCUGGCUGUUCCUUGACAAGGCGAGGAAGGUCGGGGCGGAGCUCGGAGUGGGCGGCGAUAAGAGCAGGAGGGACUGGGCCAGGGUCAGCGUCGACGACCUGAUGCUCGUUAGAGGUGAAGUUAUCCUGCCUCAUCACUACGAAUUUUACUACUUCCUAUUCAACAGAGUGGCCGGAUUCAAUGGGCCGCUCUUUGACUACUCGGCGCAAGCAACCAAAGCCACACCGGUGGACACUGGGCCAGAGCUAGAGACUAGCAACUUCAACCCUCUCGGACGGCCUGACAAGGACAAGGACAAGCGGUCUACGAUUGCGGACGAGGAACUGGAAGGCUUCGACGAUGAUCCCACGCUGACGAAGGUGGUCGACCGCCGGUGGUACGAGCGCAACAAGCACAUCUUCCCCGCCAGCGUCUGGGAAGAGUACAAUCCCGAGAAGAAGCUUUCCAAAGCGCAGCGCAAGGACACAGAAGGUAACACGUUCUUCUUCUCCUGAGGCAUCUGGUCGGUUCGUCCAUGGUGCCUCGGAGGUCUACAGCCAAGCUCCAGCUGUGAGAGUGAACGAGCUCUCACUCUGCAGAGUCUGUGCAUUUGGAAGGGCCUUCACAGGACGCUUCCCUUG